GUGUUUCAAAAUUUUUAUCAUUUAGCUGGCUUUCCUGGAGUGCUAGGAGCAAUUGAUUGUUCACAUGUGAAGAUUCUCUCUCCUGGUGGAGAAGAUGCUGAAAGAUUCCGGUGUCGUAAGGAUUUUUUUUCUACAAUCUGCGAUGCAGACUUGUUAAUUAGAAGUGUUGUGGCUAGGUGGCCUGGAGCUGUGCAUGACAGCACAAUUUUCAGUAAUAGUGCUGUCUGUUUUGAUCUACAGACAAAACCCAUUAACAAAAACUAUCAUCUCCUAGGCGAUAAUGGUUAUGGAUGCCAGCCUUUUUUAUUGACACCUGUAUUGGGACCAAAUUCACCUGAUAAGUGAAGUUAUAAUUCAUGCACAUUUUUUCAAUCACCAAAUUCACCAGUAACACCAAAUUCACCUGCACAAGUGAGGGAGGUCAUUACAUUCGUAAAUUCUAAAAUGAUUCUUGUAUACUUUAAAACAUGGUGUUACUGAAUCACUUCAUAAUUGUUGGUAAUUAUGUUUUGU